AUGGAGUACUGGAACAAAAGCGAGCUUAUCCAUCAUAUGAGUCGCCUUGGGUGCUUUGAUGCUCAAAAUGCGGAGACUUCAAUUUGUAAGAAACUUUUAGACUUAUUAAUUCCAAAGAACGAAAGCUUCAACUACGAUAACUCAGGAAGAGUGAACGAUGACUAUAGCGGUGUAGUGAAUCGCGUCGCAAUAGCCAGCUAUUCUUUGGCAAUAUUUCUAAAUUGUGCAUUGUUAUGGAUAAUGUAUAAAGAUCCAUUGAAAAGAUUUCGUACUCCAUCAGCUUUGCUUCUUGCUAACCUCGCUAUCUCUGAUUUGUUUGGUGCUUGCUUCAGUCUGGCUAUCGAGUGCGAGUUUUCACAGAAUCCUAGAUACGCUACUUCAGCCUUAACAACACACUAUCUUCCUUGGCUUGUGGCAACUACAGCACAGUCCAGUUAUUAUACGGUCAUGCUGGUAUCUUUCGAACGUUACACUGCCAUUGCUCAUCCAUUUCGUUACCGUGUCCUGAUUAUAACUAAAUAUACUGUAAUUGCAAUGGUAAUUUCCUGGCUGCUUGCUUUCGCCAUCUCUACUCCGUUGUUUUUUGGCCAGGACAUUCACAAAAUAACAUAUACAGGGAAUCCAAUCUAUGCUAUAAAUACGUUUAUUCUCAUAGCAACAAUCCUUGUUCUCUAUCCUCUAACACACUCCAGUUUACGACGUCAAAGGAAACAAGUUCUUACCAUGAACGCAACCAAUACCAAACUACGAAGAAAUAAAAUGAAAAUUGAGAAGAACUUUGCCAAUACGAUGUUUUUGGUUUGCUUGUCUUUGAUUUUAUUUACAUCUCCAUAUGUAGUAGUGUUUUUCUUCACAACUACCGACUGCAAUUCGUGCAUUUUAAACAAUUAUUUCCUACAUAUUUGGACGUACUUCCGUAUCUUCUUCGCUAUGCAUUUUGGAGUCAAUCCAGUCAUAUAUGCCUGGAGGCUACCGUGUUACAGAGAUUCACUCCUCAACUUGCUUCCCGUCAUGAAGAACCGACGAGCACUACGGAGAAAUCAUCCAACACAAAUGAACACUGUCAGAAGAUCAGGAGCCAACAGACAAAACGAAUCUUCGAUGCAGAGUGAGACACGAACAUAA